AUGUUCGUCCUUAGAAAUGUUGGCAAGCUGAUCUUCGGCUCAACCGCCCAAGAAUCCCUCAUCGAACUUCCUCAAGGCCAGCUGUACCUCGUGCGACCGCUCUCGCCUAAGGGAUACUCAGAACUCAUCUUCAAGGACUCUGCUAUCCGCAUCCGCCGAACCAACCAAGUCUUCCAGUACCAGCUCGUCGUGCAGCGAGUCUUUGAGGAGGGAGAGGCCGAACUGCUCGCUGACGAAGAGGGCGAGGACGCUGAGAUCGACGCUCUUGUAGGCGAGCGCGACGAGAAGACCUUUCUGCUCGACGAAGCUUUGCGCUUCCGCAUCGAGAUUAGAGAAGGAGGCGAGGAGACUGUUCUCGCUUGGAAGGACUUGAGCGGCGACAACGGCGAUCUUUACGAGUUUGUCUGCGACAGUGCUGUCCCCAACGCGGAAGCAAAGCGUUUUCUUCAAACGGCCCAAGAGUGCCAAUACGAGCGCAAAUAUCGUAAACCGCAUACGACAGCCUCGUACGAGGAUCUUGAGCAAUUUGACUUUCCUGAGGAGCAACCCAUCCCUCCCGCCAGCCCUCUGCACAGCCCGACUCUCGCCCGCUCUAUUGACUCCAUCGACGACAUGUUUGCCAAGCGAACCGUCAACGCUUCAGCUCAGCGCGGAUCUGCGGCAGAGCAGCUGCCUGGAGCGGUUGUUGAAGAAGUCGAGGCACCCCCGCAGGCGUCAGAGCCAAAGGCUGCUCCCAAGCCGCUGGAGAUCUAUGCUGCCGUGUCCGGUGAAUUGCACCUCUACGAUCCGCAAGCAGGGCAUUUUUCCCAGGUUGAAGACUCUGUUAUUGCUGCUGUCUCUGAAGUCGGAAACUGGCAGUAUUGGCUGCAGAUUAAUGCGGAUGACAGGUCGAUCCUGGGCACUCCCGUGGUUGCCGAAUGCAACCCGGUCUUUGACUUUGAGCAUCUCUCCUUCAUCUUCAACCAUUGGUCGGCAGAUGGAACCGGAAGAUCGUGGCUUCUCCGUUUCAAGGAUCAACCAACCUUGGAGAAAUUCCAAGAAGGUGUGAUGCAAGCCCUAUGGGAGAAAUUGAAUGAAACCAAGUGGAAGAAGAUCCAAGAGAAAGAGCGUGAAUAUGUCUUGGAUGCAUUCAAUGACCUCACCAUGGAAGAUGCGCCGCCAAUUGAAGAAGAGGAAGAAGAGGAAGACGACGAGGAGGAGCGGGAUAGAGAAGAUGAACGUGCCCAAUAUGAUGAGGACGAGGAGUAUGAUGAUGACGAGGAACAGCAGGAAAGGAACGAUGGAGACGUCAACUCCCAACUUGCCGUUGGCUACAAGCAUGAUCGCUCCUUUGUCGUUCGUGGUUCCAAGAUUGGCGUUUUCACUCACACGCCGGACAACCAUCUCAAGUUUUCUACCAACAUUUCAAAGGUGAUGACUCCUGGAGGGAAAAUGAUGAAUCCAAAGAAGGUCAUGCUCCACAAGGAAGACAGGGAUCUUAUCAUGCAAAAUAACGUGGAUCCGAACAAACUCUACCGCAUGGACAUCGAAUACGGCAAGGUUGUCGAUGAGUGGAAGGUCCAUGACGAUAUGUCCGUCACAACAUUUGCUCCCGAGAACAAGUUUGCACAGAUGACUGGAGAACAGACGUUCUUGGGUAUCUCUCACAACGCACUUUUCCGAGUCGAUCCUCGCCAAGCUGGCAACAAGAUUGUCGAUUCAGAAACGAAGCAAUACGUUUCAAAGAACGAUUUCUCUUCCAUUGCUACCACUGAGAAGGGCUACAUUGCCGUUGCAAGCAACAAGGGUGAUAUUCGUCUGUUUGACCGCCUCGGAAUUCGGGCCAAGACGCAGCUUCCCGCUCUUGGUGAUCCUGUUAUUGGUAUGGAUGUUUCAGCCGAUGGCCGAUGGAUUCUGGGAACUACAAAGAAUUAUAUCCUCCUCAUCGAUGCCAUGCAACACGAUGGCAAGAACGAGGGAAAGCUUGGCUUCGAAAAGGCAUUUUCUUCAGACUCGAAGCCCCGCCCUCGCCGCCUAGCCCUCUCACCCGAACACGUCGCCCAGUUUUACCACGAGACUGGCUUGCCCGUAUCAUUUACUCCUGCCAAAUUCAACACGGGCGAGGGUACUUCAGAGACUAGCAUCAUCACUGCGUCCGGACCCUACAUCAUUGAGUGGAACCUCAAGCGGGUCAUUCGCGGCACCAAGACGCCGUAUAUGAUUAAGCGAUACGAGGAGAAGGUUAUGGCAGAUGACUUCAAAUUCGGCUCUGACAAGAACGUCAUUGUUGCCCUGCCCAACGAAGUCAACAUGGUAGCCAAGAAAAGUCUCAAGGAGCCUACACGAGAAAGCAUCAUUGGAGAUGUGCGACUGUUGGGUGAUACACGGAAGUCGGGAAGAAUCAAUGCGGGCAAGAGUGGCCAGUACAAGCUCGGAAGGGAUGACAUUGUCGACUCCCCUUAUUAA